UCUCCUAAAACACGUCUUAGGAUCCAACCGUCAUCGCGGUCGUCGCAGAUCCCCUUCUCAUUCUUUCCCCCUUCCUUCUAACAUCUCAAUCCUCGCCCUUUUCUUUAUUCCUCUCUCUCGACGAUCGGGAGACGACGGCGAUGGAUCUAUGGGAGAGGGCUAGGGUUUUCGCGGAGGAGGCGGCGAAGCGGUCGCAGGAGAUCUCCAAGGAGGCAGCAAAGCGGUCGCAGGAGCUGACCAAGGGGGCCGCCAAGUUCUCCCAGGAGUUCGUCUCCGAGACCGCCAAGAAGUCCAAGGAGCUCGCCUCCGAGGCCACUAAGAAGGCUGACCUCAUACGCGCUGAGGCUAUCCGCGCUGCCGACCAGAUCAAGACGCUCGCCGUCGACCUCCCCACCCUCCCCAUCUCCCCCCUCGCGCCAGGCGGAUCCGCCGCGCCGGACCCGGCUGCGGAUCCGCCGCGCUUCGGCAUCACCGAGGAGCUUAGGGACUUCGUCAAGGGGAUCCCCCUCGGCACCUUCCGCGAUUUCCCCAUGGAAGAUGAACCGGAAAUGUCAGAUGUUCCAACAGUGUCAAAUGUCAGGCAGGAUCUUAAUGAGUGGCAAGCGCGACAUGCUAUGCUUGUUCUCUCAACAGUUAAGGAAAUAUCCAAGCUUAGAUAUGAGCUAUGCCCACGCCACAUGAAAGAGAGAAAAUUCUGGCGAAUAUAUUUUAUACUUGUAAACAAUUACGUGGCUCCUUAUGAAAUAAAAUAUAUGGAGGAGUUAAAAAUGAAGGCAGAACAGGAGCAAAAAGAUAGCCUUACGGAAAAUAUGACUGCUGCACCAGCUACUAAGGCAGAAGCAAAAGAAUCGAAGUUGCCAAGUAAAACUUCCACCUCAUCAAAUACAGAGCAUGAUUUGGAUGUGUUUCUUCUGGGGGACCUUGGAAGUGAUGAUGAUGGUCCAGAUGAUGGUGAUGAUGGUCUUGAUGAUGAGUUUGAUAAGGUUGGAAGCAACUCGGGUUUAGGUAGUGAUGAUGAUGAGAGGAAAUCCAAAGCGAGCAAGUAAGGCAGCCAAUGCAGCAGAAAUUUGAACAUAUUGGAUGGGAAAGAAACCUCAGCUAGAGUGGCUUUGGUUAAGAGUUCUUGCCUGGCGACAGUAGCAGUGCAUCACUGUGUGAGAAGCCUGCGGUUCUGGGUUCUGCAUAUAUCUCAUUUGAUGUGUUUACUGUUUCUUGUGGAAUUCCAAUUUAUGCCUGUAGAGUGUCUAUGAGACACCUAUAUCUUUUCCUCUAUGGGCAGUCGAUCAUCUGGCAGAUGGGCAGGAUACUUUAUAUCAUGGAUUGAUGAUAGGCAAAUAUUUUAUUUUUUGAAGUGGUUUUUGUAUUGUUGAUCAA